AUGAACUCGCUAUUAACCCACCCAGACCCUCACAGCCAGCCUGUUGGGUACUCUUUCUCAGAGCAGUCAAGCGGCGCCAAACAGCACAGCUUCUACCCAUACACGGACAAUGGUGGCUCUACGCUCGGCAUAGCCGGUGACAAUUUCGCUAUCCUAGCAGGCGACACACGAUCAGUCUCUGGGUACAACAUCAACACCAGAUAUGCACCCAAGGUAUUCAAGAUCGGCGCAGACGAGCACACCGGAGAAGGCGGCCACAUUAUUCUCUGUGUCGUUGGCUUCUCUGCCGACGGCCGAGCUCUCAAGGAACGACUCGACGCCAUCGUCAAGAUGUAUGAAUACCACCACAACAAACCAAUGUCCGUUAGAGCGUGUGCACAGCGUCUAUCCACGAUCCUAUAUUCAAAACGGUUUUUCCCAUACUACGUACAUGCUAUUCUGGCUGGAGUUGAUGAAGAGGGCAAGGGAGCUUUGUACAGCUAUGACCCUGUGGGUUCGUAUGAGAGGGAGUUCUGCAGAGCGGCUGGGUCGGCGGCUAGUUUGAUGAUGCCUUUCUUGGACAACCAGGUCAAUUUCAAAAACCAAUAUGUUCCCGGCAGCGGUCAGGGUAACGCAUCUGUGGCCAGGAAGCCCGAACCUCUUUCCAGAGAGGGUGCACAGCAGCUAGUACAUGAUGCAUUCACUAGUUCUGUGGAGAGACAUAUUGAGGUUGGAGAUGGGCUGCAGAUGAUGAUUGUCACCAAGGAUGGUAUAGAGGAGGUGUACCGCCCACUCAAGCGGGAUUAA